AUGUAUGCCCGCCUACAAGAUCCUUGUGUAUCUGUAAGGAAAAAUGCUGUUCUGGUGCUUUCGCACCUCAUACUAAAUGACAUGAUGAAGGUGAAAGGGCACAUUAAUGAAAUGGCGGUUAGGUUAGAAGAUGAAAAUGAGAGAAUUUCAAAUCUCGCAAAGUUGUUUUUUCUUGAACUUUCCAAGAAAGGAAACAAUCCAAUAUAUAAUUUGCUUCCUGACAUACUUAGCAAAUUAUCCAAGCAGAACCUGAGCAAUGAAUCUUUCUGCAACAUCAUGCAAUUUUUAAUUGCUUCCAUCAAGAAGGACCGACAAAUGAAGCGCUGGUGGAAAAGCUAUGUAAUAGGUUUAGUGGUGUCGCAGAUGUCAGACAGUGGGAGCAUAUAUCUUAUUGUCUCUCUCAGCUAUCAUUUACUGAAAAGGGAAUGA